CAUUUUAUCAAUUUAUUAUCCGGCACUAGCCACUAACUACUAUUUUGUAAUUUGUAUUCACUAGUCAGGACUCAGGUUUAUUAUUAUUCGUUAUUUAGUUAAUACACGUUAAUGGUCACUCGUUUAUUUGUUACACGAUUGUUUAGGACGUUUCGAUGCACGUUUAGACACUUUAUUACUAACGUCUGAUUGUAUAUUACAAAUUUAAAUAGUUCAUAGUACUCAGUUAUAUUUUAAAACUAUGUCUUAAGUUCAUUACUGUUGUUUUCUUUUGUGCAUUUUAGUAGUAUACACUAUAAUAAUAUACAAUAUACACAUAAAAUGUUACCUCUUUCAUUACUAAAAACUGCUCAGAAUCACCCUAUGUUGGUGGAAUUAAAAAAUGGUGAAACAUACAAUGGACAUUUAGUAACAUGUGAUAGUUGGAUGAAUAUCAAUUUACGAGAAGUGAUCUGCACAUCUAAAGAUGGAGAUAGAUUUUGGAGACUUCCGGAAUGUUAUAUUAGAGGUAGUAUGAUUAAAUACUUGAGAAUACCUGAUGAAAUAUUUGAUAUGGUAAAAGAAGAUAUAGUUGUAAACAAAGCUCGUGGUCGAACAGAUAACCAGAAAAAUCGUGCUCCUAGAGGAGCUAGGCAAGGGUUCAGUGGAAGAGGAGGUGGUAGUAACAACCGAGGUACUGGACCACAACAACAGAGAGGUGGCCCAAAUAAGUUUAGAGGAAAAUAAAUUGUAUAUUUCAUAAGUCGUAUUUAUAGAAUAAAAUAUAUAAUUACGACAUGUGUAAAAAAAAUUCUCAUAUUUUUUUAAAUUAAUUAAGAAUAAUUUACUUAACCAACAAUAUUCCAUCAAGAAAGCAAAAUAAAAAGGCGGGGAAGUAUAUAUUCUGCUGUAUUCAAGUAGGUCACUGUAAGGGAUGAUGUUAAAUUUUGAAUUCAAUGAUAUUAAAUUAUUGUAUACGAAAAACAAUUCUGAGAAUAGACGGUUUGUUUGUUUAUAAUAUUAAUAAGUAUAUUUGAUGAUAUUGUUGUGAAUAAAGUAAUUUAUAUAACAUA